AUGAACGCUACAACAUCAGAAUUUAGAGAAGUUGCUUCAGUAUUCAACGGUUUAAGUAAAAAUUUUUUUAAAAAAAAUAUUGAAAACAUUAUGGAUUAUAGAGUAUUUUUAGAACAGUCAAGGCUUAGUAUUAGGGAUUUACUUUUUAAUUCUAUACAACAAGGUUCAAUAAAAUAUAGUAUUAAAGUAGAGUCAACAUAUGAGAUUCCCAAUACAGACGUGAGAGAAAAUAGGGCAUUUAAAACAAAAUGUAGAUCGAUGUUUUUAGACACUGAUAUAAAUAAUAGUUUAGACGAAGAUUUUAUCAAAAUUAUACAGGAGGAGAAUGAUAUGAUGUUGAAAGGAAGCGGCUUUUCAUUAGUGAGUAUUGAUGGUAUUUUAAUCAAUAUUAAUAAAUACACGCCAUUGGGAGGUUCUUCUUAUAUACCACUACCCGAAUGUCUAGAAAGGAAAAAAGCGACAAUCAACGUACAAAAUACAGACAACAAAUGUUUUAAAUAUAGCAUCUUGGCCAAACUCGUCGACCCCGUAAAUAAUUUUCGAAUAGGAUCUAAUUACACGGAAGUAGAAAACAGCUACGAUUUUUCAAAUUUAAAUUUCCCCGUUACGCUAAACGAUGUUGGAAAAUUUGAAAAAAAAAAAUCCAGGAGUAUCAGUUAA